AGUUGUGCAAAACGAAGCGGACGCUAUCGUGUUCUGUGUAUCGGCAUAACAAGAUUGUUCUUCGUUUGGAAAUAAUAAUAUAAAAACAAAACAAACAUCAUGUCUGACGAAGAAGUCCAAACCAAAAGCAGAGGGCGCAAAGAAACCACAAAACGCCCAAAGAAGGACGCCAAAAAUGAAGCUGAAGAAGAAGAAGUCCCGGUAAAAAGGGGACGUGGAAGGCCAAAGGGAGCUGGAACGAAAAAAAAGGCCGCCGAAAAGCCAAAAGCAAAUGGCACAGCUGGACGUAGAGGCAGAUCCAAAAAAGAAAAGGAAGAACCUAAAGAAGACUCAGCUGAAGAGAAUGGAGACAAAAGCAGCAACGAAGAGGAAGAAGAAGAUGACGAAUAAAUGAAGCCAUGAACUUUUUCAUUCCAUUUUAUAUUUAAAUUGUAAAAUUUUAAGUCUUAUUUAUUUCCAAAUUAGCUAAGUAUUCAUUUGAGGUACAAAAAAACGUUUGUUUAGGCCGAACCAUCUUUUAAUUUCACUAACUAGUUUUAUAAUAAAAGUGAAUUUCAUUACAAUUAUGUAAAUAAGUAUAUUUCAGUUUCAUGAAAUAAAAUUUUUUUGAAAUUCUUA